AUGCUGGCGCCUUGGCCUGCCUUUCUCUGCGUGCCCCCCUCGCCCUCUUUUCUUUUUCUUCUCGCCGCUCCGCCCCGCCCCGCGCUGGGCUGUGCGUGUGCGCGCGCGUGCUGCGGCGACUUGAGCGACUAUGCUUGGCCGUGUGCUGUUGGCGCGCGCCCUCUCUGCGUGCUGUGCUGCGCCGGCGCCGGCGUCGGUGUCGGUGCGUGGGGCGGCGGCUACUGCACGGAGAGUGGCUUGAAGGACUUGCGGGUGGUCGCGGAGGACAUGGCGGACGCGGAAAUUCGGGCGAAGUACAGCAGCCGCAAGGCGGGGUUUGUGAAGGGGCGCGGGCGGGCCCGCAGGAAGGGGAAGAGGAGACGAACGCGAGAGAUGGGAACGGGGCGAGCGGUGAGGAAGAUACGGAUGCAAAUGAAGGUGGUCUUUUGA